UGAAUAUCAAUAUAUUGCAAAAAGCAAUUAGAAUUGUAUUUUUACUUUUAGUCAAUUUCAAUUUGUACUGUUCGAUAACAUAAGAAUAUCAUGACGAAGAUAUGAAAUAGUAUAUUUCUGGUAUAAAAAAAUAUUAUAACUCUUCAGGUAUCGCAAUUAUGACCGAGCAUGUGGAACUGCAACAUCUCGUGGACCUAUCGACGGGAAGUGGUGAUGAAACUCUGCCCAAUCUAUUGGAAAACAAAAGACCGCUGAUCAAAAGAUGCCCGUAUCUGGGAUUAUUGCUUGCUACCUUAUCAUCGCUAUUCUUUUCGCUGUGUUCUGUUAUUGUGAAAAGUCUAGUUAACAUCGACCCAAUGCAGCUCGCAAUGUUUCGAUUUAUUGGCGUCUUACUCCCGACAAUACCAAUAGUAAUUUAUACAGAACAACCUAUAUUUCCUGAAGGUAAGAGAAUUCUCCUUAUACUUCGAUCAGUUGUUGGCACAGUGGGACUAAUGUUAAGUUUCUACGCAUUUCGAAAUAUGCCACUGGCUGAUGCCUCAGUGAUUGUAUUCUCUGUACCUGUGUUUGUAGCACUAUUUGCUAGAGUAUUCCUAAAAGAGCCAUGUGGUAUAUGGAAUACUAUUUCCAUAAUUCUUACUUUGUUGGGUGUUAUAUUGAUUACUCAUCCACCCUUCCUGUUUGGAAGUGACCAAGUAGAAACAAACCCAAAUUAUAAUAGUUUGAGAGGUGCUGUGGCUGCAUUUGUUUCAACAAUAUUUGGAGCUAAUGCUUAUGUACUAUUAAGGGUACUUAAAGGUUUACAUUUUUCUGUAAUAAUGACAAAUUUUGGUGCUAUAGCAAUACUUCAGACUUUAUUUUAUACAUUUAUUUUUGGCAUCCUUUGUAUGCCAAAUUGUGGAACAGAGAGAUUUUUGGUUGUAUGUCUAGCUUUAUUUAGUUAUUUAGGACAAAUUCUGCUCACUAUGUCACUGCAAAUGGAACAGGCAGGUCCUGUGGCUAUUGCUCGAUCGGCUGAUAUAGUUUUUGCUUUCCUCUGGCAAGUGAUGUUCUUUGAUGAAAUUCCAAGCAAGUACUCUGUAUGUGGGGCUGUGUUAGUAUUAAGUUCGGUUUUAUUAGUGGGCAUACGUAAAUGGGCUCUUGCACUCCCAGCCGAAUCAAAUUUAAGAAAAAUGUUAGGUGUUUUUGCACAAUAAAUAGAAUAUAAGCUAUUUUUCAUACACAGAAAAUAUGUAGCAAUAAGCUUGUUGUAACUUAGGUAGGGGAAUCACUCUCAGUCAUGAAGAAGAAAAUACAAUAAAAUUUUAGUACUCACCAAUCAGUAUUAUUAUAAUUGAUAUUUGAUAACAUUUAGAUCAUUUAAUCCUUUGUAAAUAAAUAUAAAGACUGAGUAUUGAACAUAUAAUCAUGCUUUCUUAUAUUGAAGCACAUCAGAUAAAAGAUGUUUAAUAAAGAUUAUAUUGUACUCAGCUUAGCAUAACUUAGCUAUUUCUGUAAAAUAUUACAGUUAGUAACUCAGGCCCCGGAAUCACAGAAACAAUAGAAAAUCUAUUGUGUUGUGGACCGAUCGGGCGGCUUGGGGCUCAAUGGGUUAAAGAAAUAUUCAAUCAUUUGUCUGUGUGAUGUUUUUGUUCAUUCAACACAAACAUAAGCUAAUUUAAACUAAAUAUUAAAAAAGUUUAUUUAAAUUUCUUAAAUAAGACUAGCAGAAAUCAAAGGGGAAAUUUGCACAAUUAAAAUGCAGUUUGACUUGUUAUAGUACCUAUUCCAUAUUUUUUAGCAUUACAUUUUGAGUGCUUUCAAGAUGAACAUGUGACAUAUUAUUUAAUAUCUUAGCUAUUUCAAAUACCAAAACCCUAUGUUAAUAACUAAAAGACUGUACUGAAGGUCGAAAUUGUGUUGUGUACUUUAUCCUAAUUUAACUAGUCACAAAUUUUACAUUAUAAUGUAUAUAAGAAAUAUUUAUUUUAAUUUUUAGAUAUUAUAAUAAUUUAGUUCUAUUUAUUUCAAUACAAAUGAGAUAUCCAAAGAAACUUGAGAUAUAUUUAUUAUUAUAUUAAAAUAUUAUUGUAUUAGGUAAAGUGCUAUCAGCAAUAUUUAAUUGAAUCAGCUUGUGAAGAAAAGCAAUAAUUUUAUAUUACAAUAAUUGUAGGUAUGUACUUGGUCUAGCAUAUGUUCUAUGAAAAAAACUGCGUUUGUGCUGAGCACAAGUGUCAGAAAUGAAACUUCUUUGGCAAGAUUGAAAGAUACCAAAAUCGUCGCCUUCCUCCAUGACAUGACGGUAUUGCCAUGACUUUAAUUUUACUCUCAACGCACCUAAAGAAGUUUCACUUCAAAAUGAUGUUUUAUCCAGUUCGCCUAAUUUUAUGAAUGUUUGAGUAGCACAGCACAUAGUAUCGAUAAUUUUGAAUAAUUAUUGUCGAUAUUUGCCAUUUUGUGUUCCUUACAGACCUCAGAGGUUUAUUAAUGUGAUUGCAAUAAUAAACAGUAGGUUUUGCUUGUCAUUAGUAUAAGAUAAAAUUGUAUUUAAUCAUGUUAAAAAAUUUAAAAUGUUAUUGGUUGCCAAUAGUUAUUCACAAAAUUAAGCAUUGUAUAAUAUAGGGUCUUGUUUUCAUUUUCAUUUAAUAAGAAAUUAGGUAUGAAUAUUUGAAUUGGAAACUACCUAAUAUUAGUUCUACCUUCGGUGUUGACAUUAUUUUGUCUGUAUGAUUAUCAAGUUUAGAAAUGAGUAGAUAAUUAUUCUCCUUAGCUCUUUAUCACUAUUGUAUGUACAUACUUGAUACAUCUAUGUGAUGUGUAUUGUAUUAUGUUUCGAUCUGAUUUAAUGUAUUUUUUAAUUUCGGGUCUGCUGUUGUUAUAAUAUUUAAUUCUAGUCAUUUUACCUACUUAUGUAUUAAUAAAAUCAUUGAAUUAUUACUUUUGCAUACAUAAGGAUAUAUUAAGUGCAAAAAUAGCAAUAGCUACCAAAUAACUAUUUAUUAUAUUUUCAUUUAUAUGAACAUAAUGCUUCUUGUUCUAGAAACCAAACACAAAUAAUAAUUAAGAUUUUAAACUGCAUUAUUAAUAGUAAAUAUGUGUUUUUUUAUUACAAAAAAAAAUAUAUUUACCUAUCUAAAACAUCAAUGUAAUCCUAAAUUGUAAUGUAUUGCUGCUAUUCAUUUUCAUCUUUCUGUAAUAAUUCAUUUUAUUACUACCACACUAAGUAAGUAAUAAUUUGCAAAUAAUAGUAGACCGUACCUACUUAUGUAUUAUGUAUGAUUUUAUAUACAAAAUUUAUAAUUCUGUUACAUACACAUUGUUUUCUUCACUAUGUUUUGCAAUAUCAUAUUUGUUUACUUGUGAAUGAAGAGUGAUGUUUACAUUAUUAUGUAAUAAUGAUUAUUGAAUUGUGAUAUUUUAUUCAAUAAGUGUUUAUUGCUUGAUUCAAUUAUUAAAAACUAUACAGUUA